CGUCGUAGAUCGUUCGUUCCGAGAGGGAUAGCUUUCUGCCGUGUUUCGAAUGGCUUUACGCGGCGCGUGUGCUUUGACUAUAUACAGCCAACAUCAUCGGUAUGUCGUGAGUGUGUGAGUGCCAACAGUGCCAAGUGGGGUCUCUCGGCCUGCCAGCAAUAAAACUCCGUUUUUAUUCGAAAGCAACAGGUACUUUUCCGAUUAGAUUUUCGCCGAUAUCGGGUCGAUUUCCGGUUAGAAUGUGGUUUGAAAUGUAGUUUCACGUGAAAAACUAGUAAACGGGCUUCGGACGACGCGAAUCAGUCCGGUUGAAAGAUGAAAAUUGUAGUUUUUGAAAAUUUCUGGAAUGUGUUAUUAUCUUUCUCACUCUGACGAGAUGUUUCCACCGUAUUCGGGUGAUGUGUGGUGGUAGUGUUUUGACCGUUUUCUGAUUGUAAAGCAACCGUGCAACCUGUCGGAUCGAGAGUGUGUUGGUAAGGUCCCGGUUCGGGAACAGUUUGCACAAGUGUGUGAGACAUGUUUGGGGCAAAAGAUGUCCAGGUUUUGUUUUGAAGUUUCUAGCGAACCCCAGCUUUCAUUAGAACACUUUCUUCGGUCUAAUCAUUGAACUGAUCAUGCCAUCAAUAGCAGAUCGAUGAUCCGUGAAACAGAUUGAUCACAGAGUAGUACGGAAUCGGUUCGUUUCGGACCCAUGAGUGGAGGUCUCUUAGUAUCAGUGAACGCGUGUGUUCUGCAGGAAUUUUUUCGCAUACAAACAAACUCGAGGUUCGAGCUGCCAAGUGCCUCGCUGCUAUCAAACCGAUCGAGAGAACCAGAAAGGGACAGAAUCUCACAGGUGUGUUUAUUUUGCCUUCCCCAUUCCGUUCCCCGUUCGGCAGACUGUCAGUCGGUCGGGGCAGAUUGACAGAGCCCAAGAAGAUGUGGUGAGCAGCAGGGUCUGGUGAUAAUGACUACAGUCCGGCUACAGUUGGCAAAGAAUGAAUGACCCCAUCUCCGAUCAAGGACCGCCAAGUGGAGGCAGUUUGAGCGCACUUCGAGAAAGUGACGAAGAAAAUUGCGUGAGGAAUGUGCCCAUGAAUGAUGGUGGAGGUCUUCCGCGAGCGUGAUCACAACACGGUUAUCAGGCUCAGGUUAGUUUAGUUCGGUUUCUGCCUGCACGUGUGUGUGUGUACGCGCGUGUGAGCCCUCGAGGAGUGGGGCGCGGACUGAUCGGUAAUCAUUCCUGAUUAGCGCACUUGUUUUGCAAGCGUCCUGAUUGCUGACCUGAAUGCAUUUGUGACUCUUCUUGUCAAGUUAUGCCACGCCGUCGACAUACUUCUUCGAGUCAAAUGAUUGCAGUUUUACCGAACGGAGAAACUCGGCACAGGAAAAAGAAAAACAGUCGCUGCAUUAACUAAUUGAACAUUAGCUCUACAAAAAGAACUCGAAUGCAUCGAACCGUAAGUUCACCGAAAAUUAUGAUGAUGAUGAUGCUGACGACGACGUCGAUGGUUAUUAUUCCCGCUGUUCCCGCGAACGAUGGACGACUUUAUUUCCCCGUAUCUUUCGUUUUGUUAAGUUGUGAAAACUCAGAAGAAAAUUUAAUUUAAUCCCCAAAAGGUGUCGAAUCCGCGCGAGAAGGGAAGAGAGCGGAAAAGAGCGAUUUAUUCGCUUAUACUGUUUUGGGUCCCGACCGCGCGAGGGUUCCCCGGAUGAUGUUCGGAUGAGAGAUGUGGGCUGCGCGAAUCCCACCGAAGGGGAGGCAAAAUCAAUUAAGCUUUAUUACGACCGGACAGUGCAUCGGAGUUAUUUGCCCGAUCAUCGCCAAACGGCGCGGGAUCGGAUCGUACGUGAAGUUUUGCUGAACCGGGAGCAUAAAUUGUGAUUCGCUGUCAGUUUGUUCAAAAAUUUUGGUUGUUGUUGUUUUAAGUUUGUCUGUGAAGAAGUAAGACUUUUAUGUGCUGUGAAAGGAAAACUGUGACCCCGAGAAGAGAGUGAUGAACAACCGGAACCGGUACGACGGAUUCGAGGAGGUUUGAUUUCAUCUGACGACCCCAGCGGAAAAGAUGUCGCAGCGAGAUUUUUCAGAGAACGAACCGGAAGGCACGCCGGAACUACCGGCCGCCAAUCGAGCGCUAUUCCUGGAGAAAGUGCGGCAAUCGAACACUGCCUGCCAAAAUGGGGACUUCACCACGGCAGUGCAGCUGUACACGGACGCGUUAUCGUUGGACCCGAGCAAUCACAUCCUCUACAGCAACCGUUCGGCAGCCCGUCUCAAGCAGGGUCAGUUCGCGUUGGCCCUACAGGAUGCCACCAGAGCCCGGGAGCUGUGUCCCCAGUGGCCCAAGGCAUACUUUCGUCAGGGUGUAGCGCUGCAGUGUCUGGGCCGGUAUGGGGAGGCACUGGCCGCGUUCAGUUCAGGGCUGGCGCAGGAUCCCAACUCAAAACAACUGCUAGCCGGACUGGUGGAAGCUUCGAUCAAGAGUCCCCUGCGGCAUGCCCUCGAACCAACGUUUCAACAGUUGAAAGCGAUGAAACUGGAUCAAUCGCCAUUCGUAGUGAUAUCAGUGGUGGGUCAGGAACUUCUCGGUGCCGGUCAGUACCAUUCGGCCGUGACAGUCCUCGAAUCGGCCCUACGAAUAGGAUCGUGUUCGUUAAAAUUACGAGGUUCAGUGUUCAGUGCUCUUAGUUCGGCCCAUUGGGCUUUGAAUCAGUUGGAUAAAGCGAUCGCGUACAUGCAACAGGAUCUAGCCGUUGCCAAAAGUCUUGGUGACACAGCCGGUGAGUGUCGGGCACACGGAAAUCUUGGAUCGGCUUAUUUCAGUCAAGGAUCGUACAAGGAAGCUCUGACUUCCCAUCGCUAUCAGCUGGUGCUGGCAAUGAAGUGUAAAGAUACUCAGGCAGCUGCGGCAGCUCUUACUUCCCUAGGGCACGUGUACACCGCGAUCGGAGACUACCCGAACGCGUUGGCUUCUCACAAACAGUGCGUACAGUUGGUCAAACAGAUGGGCGAUCGGUUGCAGGAAGCUCGUGAAAUCGGUAACGUCGGUGCAGUGUACCUAGCGAUGGGAGAGUUCGAUUCGGCCGUUGAUUGUCACACACAGCAUCUCCGGUUGGCACGAAAACUCGGCAAUCAGGUAGAGGAAGCCCGUGCCUACAGCAAUCUUGGCUCCAGUUAUCACUACAAACGAAACUUCACCCAAGCAAUUACUUACCAUGAAAACGUUCUUCGAAUAGCUCAACAACUCGGUGAUCGAGCAAUCGAAGCUCGAGCCUAUGCCGGUUUGGGUCACGCCGCCCGCUGUGGUCAUGAUUUUCACCAAGCCAAACGGUGGCAUGAAAAACAACUGGAAAUGGCACUGGCUGCUCGGGACAAGGUUGGCGAAGGUCGAGCUUGUUCCAAUCUCGGUAUUGUCUACCAACUGCUGGGAGAACACGAUGCCGCCCUGAAACUUCAUCAAGCUCACCUGACAAUCGCUCGUCAACUGCAGGACAAGGCCGGAAUGGGACGUGCCUAUGGCAACAUUGGUAACGCCUACUCGGCAGCUGGAUUUUACGAGCAAGCCAUCAAAUACCACAAACAGGAGUUGAUCAUUAGCAAGGAAGUGCACGAUCGAAGCGCGGAAGCUUCCACCCAUGGAAACUUGGCCGUGGCCUAUCAGGCACUGGGUGCCCACGACAUGGCACUGAUGCACUAUCGAGCUCACUUGAAUAUAGCACGGGAACUGAAGGACACGGCUGGCGAAGCCUGUGCUCUACUUAAUCUCGGUAACUGUCUCAGUUCUCGGCAGGAGUUCGCCCAAGCCGUACCGUACUACGAGCAGUACCUGAUGCUAUCCCAGGAACUUGGUGACGUAGCAGCCGAAGGAAAGGCAUGUCACUUCCUGGGCUAUGCCCACUACUGUAUCGGGAAUUAUCGCGAAGCGGUUCGAUACUACGAUCAGGAUCUCGCUCUAGCGAAAGAUCUCCAGAACAAGAUGAAUAUGGGUAGAGCUUACUGUAACCUAGGACUCGCCCAUCUAGCUCUUGGCAAUACGGCCGGAGCAUUGGAAUGUCAAAAGUACUUCCUGGCGAUCGCUCACAUGACCAAUCAUUUACCGGGGAAAUUCCGAGCCCUCGGUAACAUCGGUGACGUUCUGAUACGAAUGGGAGACGUGGACGAAGCCAUCAAAAUGUACCAACGGCAACUUUCGUUGGCCAGGCAGGCACGAGAACGGGGCAUGGAGGCUGCCGCAUGUGGAGCACUUGGCUUAGCUCAUCGGUUGUUGAAAAAGUUCGACAAAGCAUUGGGUUACCACACGCAGGAACUAACUUUGCGACAGGAAAUGGGAGAUCUACCGGGAGAGUGUCGUGCCCAUGGCCAUCUGGGAGCGGUUCACAUGGCUCUCGGAAACUACACCCACGCCGUCAAGUGCUACCAGGAACAACUGGAACGUGCUCAGGAACUGCAGGAUUCGGCAGUGGAAGCACAGGCCUUCGGUAAUUUAGGUAUCGCUCGUUUGAACAUGGGUCACUACGAAGAUGCCAUUGGAUAUCUGGAACAACAGUUGGGAACACUGGAACAGGUCAACACGCCAACCGCGCAACAUGACAGAGCAAGAGCACUGGGACAUUUGGGAGAUUGUUACGAUGCUUUAGGAGACUACCAUGCCGAAGCGAUCAAAUGUCACGAACGUCACCUUGCGCUAUCGAUUGCUCUGCAAAGUCCCCGUGAUCAGGAACGGGCCUACAGAGGACUGGGAAAUUGUUACAAAUCCGUUGGAAACCUACAGGAAGCACUGGUAUGUCUGGAGAAACGGUUAGUGGUGGCCCACGAGCUGGGUAAUCCGGAAGCGAAGGCAGCUGCCUACGGUGAUUUGGGCAGUAUUCACAGUGCACUCGGUAACUUCGAACAGGCUAUCAACUGUUUGGAACACCAGCGGGAUAUCGCCAGAGAGCUGGGCGACCGGGCGUUAACUUCCGACGCGAUCAGUGGUCUGGGCGCAGUUUUCCUACAGAUGGGAGACUACGACGAAUCGUUGCGUUUGCAUCAGCAAGAUUUGGAAUUGUGUGAGAAUAUGAAUCACGUCGUUUUGCAGGCCAGAGCUUGCGGCAACUUGGGAUCGGUGUAUGAAUCGUUGAAGAACUUUAAAGAAGCGGUGAGGUGCUUCGAGAAGCAAAUAUCGCUCACGACGGAUCGUUUGACGAAGGCUCAUGCCUGUCUAUCGCUGGGACGGGUUUGUCACAUCAUGGAGCAAAUACCGCAAGCGGUCAGUUUCUUACGGCAAGGACUCGCCAUUGUUCAAUCGCUGAAUAAGUUAGAAGAUGAAGCACGAAUCCGCUACCGGUUGGGACUGUCACUGCUGGUGUCCGGGGAUGAAGACAACGCUCGACAACAGAUGGAAAGUUCCGCUCAGAUUCUGGAAUCGAUCAGAAGCGAUCAGGUCACUGCUGAAGCACGAACAAAUCUAUACGAUUUACAGACAUCGUGCUAUCAGAACUUGCAGAAGAUUCUGGUCAAUUUGGGACGCAAUGAGGAGGCUUUGGUGGCUGCCGAACGGUGCCGCUCUCGGAUGGGUGCUGAUUCGAAUCAAAGUGCCGAGAAUUCGCUGAACAAUCGAAAAACUCUACUGACGUGCAGUGAAUACAUUUUCGAUACCGUAAACAAAAGCAAAACAAACAUCAUCUACUACAGUUUGGCGGGGCCGGAACUUUACGCGUGGUUCCUGUCGCCGCAAAAACGGAUCGUCCGAUUCCACGUGGCCAAAAUUGACGAGCAGGCACUACAGAUGAAGAAGAAACCGACUGCCGGCGGAGAUGCUACCGACAGCAUGGAAACUCUGCUGGCUCAGUACAUCAACUUUGUGCGUGACAAUUUGGGUGUAAAUUCGGGAAAUGUACUGCAGGAAGGCGACGGCAGCGGGUGGAAAUCGUCGAACGAAAAUCUGAUCGAUGAUUUCGCCAACGAACGAGCCGGAUUUCUGAGAAUGGUCAACCGGAAUCAUUUGCUGAACUCGAGCAACUAUUCGCUGAGUUCUUUGUUCAGUCUGGGAAGCGUGGGUGGCUCGGUUACCAGCUUGCAGGGAUCGACCAGAUCCAUUGGAAGCCUCCAGGGUUCGACCCGAUCAAGACGAUCCAAUAUGCUUCCGCCAUGGCAGGGUCCAUCCUGUUUACAUGUGCUGUACAAUUUGCUGCUCGCACCGUUUGAAGAUUUGCUUCCGGAUAUCAGUACCACAUCCCGCAUCGGUCGACGCGAACUCAUUUUGGUUCUGGAGAAGGAGCUGUACCUGGUACCGUUCGCCAUUCUACGCAGUGGAGAUGAAUCCGGAGAGUACCUUUCGGAAAGAUGUUCGCUCCUGACCGUACCGUCGUUGCACACCCUCAGACAGAAGAGUAGAGUGAAAACCCGAGAACCCGCGGAAGGUCUCAACAGUGCACUGGUGAUCGGAGGUCCGAAAAUCCCUUCGUCCCUCUCGGAAACGUGGGGUUGGAGUGAAUCCCCAGCAUCACUGCAGGAAGCGGCCAUGGUUUCGGACAUGCUAAAUACCAAGCCGCUGGUUUCAUCCAGUGCCACUAAGGAAGCAAUCGUUUCCGAGUUAUCGGCGGCGGAGUGCGUUCAUUUUGCGGCUAACGUAAGCUGGAAACUGGGUGCGGUUAUUCUGAGUCCCGGUGAAGUUCUGGACUCGCAAUCACAGAAACGAUUCUACCCGAACGCAUCCGGAGAAAUGGAAAACGACGAGGACAACAACGAGUUAUCGUCGUCGAACAUGGAGAUUCCUCCACUGUCGGACUUUAUACUCAGUUCAACCGAUCUGUUGGCAAUGAAACUAAGCGCCAAAUUGGUGGUACUCAGUUCGUAUCACUCGGUGGAACCUAUUACGGGAACUGGGGUAGCAAAUCUAGCAGGAAGUUGGUUAUUUGCCGGCACUGGUGCCGUGUUGGUAUCGCUUUGGCCUGUUCCGGAAACGGCAGCGAAAAUUCUUCUUAGGGCAUUUUAUUCGGCCCUACUCCAGGGAACCAGAGCCGCAAAGGCCUUGGCCGAAGCCAUGCAAACCGUUCAGCAUACGAAACAUUUCGCUCAUCCGGCCAACUGGGCCGGCUUUAUUCUGAUCGGAGGAAACGUUCGGCUUUCGAAUAAGGUAGCUCUCAUCGGUCAAGCGCUUUGUGAGUUGAUGCGAACUCCGGACAAGUGUCGUGACGCUCUGCGAGUUUGCCUGCAUCUGGUGGAGAAGAGUUUGCAGAGGAUUCAUCGUGGACAGAAGAACGCCAUGUACACGACUCAGAAGAGUAUUGAAAAUAAAGCCGGACCGGUCAUUGGAUGGAAGGAUCUCCUGAUGGCCGUCGGGUUCCGGUUCGAACCGGCAGCCAACGGUAUUCCGUCGAGUGUGUUUUUCCCGCAGACCGAUCCGGAGGAUCGGCUGUCUCAAUGUUCGGCCAGUUUGCAAGCUUUACUUGGUCUGUCCCCGACAACACUUCACGCCAUGUCGAAGCUGGUGAACAAUGCGGACAUUGCCGAUGAAAUCAUCGGCGUAAUGAGAAAUGUUGUGGCUCAGUUCCCAUCGAAGGGAACAAUCGACAACGAAAGUAUCGACAUUCCACUGAGUGUGCGACUGUGGCGGGUUUCCGGCUGUCACGAACUGCUGGCCUCGCUUGGUUUCGAUCUGAUGGAAGUCGGUCAGGAUCAGGUCACGCUUCGUACCGGUAAACAAGCGAACCGUAGAAAUUGUCAGUUCGUCCUGCAAUCACUGCUCGCUCUGUUCGAUACCCAAGAAGCUCCGAAGAGUUUGGGAAUCGAAUCCAGUAGCAGCUCUGAAUCGUUGAAUGAAGACAUCUCGGAUGAAGCACCAGCCAAGGCACCUAGUCCAACACCGACUGCCCCGGAACAGCAGCGUAACGUUUCUCCGGCGGUGACCGUGAAAAGCCAAGCAAGUUACAACUUUCCUCGACCUCCGUUGCCAUUUCGACGAGUUCCGUUCUUAAGCACUCGGAGCGCUUUUAUUUCCUACGUACGAAGACGGGGCGAGCCGGACGGAGGACAAACGGAAGUUUCCGCACAGGUUCCGAUGGGGAGCCAACAGGCGCAAGCUCAAGCACAAUCCAACAACGGACCGUCGAACAACAUGGAUUCCAGUUUGGCAAACACAACCGACAGUGAACUGUCCGAUGGCUACACAACCCAACAAAUUCUGAUGAAAAGUGACCACCUAGCGAAGGGUUUGGGCUACUCGAGUCUGAGGGGCACCAUUAAAGUUAGUCGCCCGGGGGGAGGCGGUGAAAGCGAUGCUGCGUUCACUCCAAGCCCUCCGGUGACACUUCAAAACGUUGAUCCAAACGUUUCUUUGGCUUUGGCCCAUCAAACUCGGAUCCGUAAUCUCUACACCAACAACGGCAUCGGUAACUACGGACUCGAAUCUACGCGAGAAGUUCAUCACCAUCAAAACCCUAACCUACGAAGACCGGAUAGUUCCAGUUCUGCGAGUUCCGCUACGGAUUGGGAAGGAUCGGGACAUGCCACCGUCCUGCGAAGAGCAAACCAAGGAGGCCAUCACAAUCUCCCACCUCUACCGCCACCACGACAAACCCUUCCGAUGGUAGACAGUCUACGCCCGUUGGCUCCUCUGGCUCCCGUUUAUAACAACAUCACCGGAGGAACUAUCGGAAAAUCUCAGCCUAACGGAAAGGGGGGUCUAAACGUCUUGGAAUCCACCAGCUCGGACUCGGAGUUCGAACGUAGUUUCGAUCUACCGUCGGCUUCCAGUACGGCAACCAUCAGCAGCAAACUGACCAGUCUGGCGCACAGUCUUCAGAGUAUGCGAACUCGUAAAUUGAAGUUACAACCGGUCCAACAACCUCCACAAUCCCACGGUCCCGUAACCAUAUCCCGCAAAAUGGUCGACCAGUUUGCGUUCAUGGAUCGGCUCAGCUGCCGAACGGAAAUUUCAUCUUCAAGCUUAAACAGCCACGCAGCUCCUCCACGGAAACCUCUGUCCACGCUACCGGAUGACGAACGAACGCUCAAUCUGAACGCCAGCAAACUGUACUUCAAUCCAACCGAAGCGGAAAUCAUUCCACUGACGGAAACUUCCGCCGAUCUGGGACUGAACAAACCACCAUCCGCCAGCAUGUCCUCGAAUGUAGCGUCCGUCAGUAGCAGUAGUAAGGAGAAAGCAACCAGCAAAAACAUCCAGGACUCGAUUCUACGCCACAUGAGCCGCGAAAUGACUCCAACCAUUUCGGAAGUCUAUCACGAGCGUAACAUCGGACUGGGUUUGGCUCCGUCGCUUUCGAAGCUUCUGUUGAGUAAAAAUUACGAAGAUUCUCCGGACAUCAAAUCAUCAACGGCAGCGUCGAUGCUGAACAAACCGAGCGCCCUGACGGUUGGCAACCUGGCCGAAGCAAUGAACGAAAUUGAAAUGAAUGCCACCACCUCGACGAAACUGGAGGAAGGUCAGUGCAACAUCUGCAACAGCCCGUCGGAUCUGCUGUGUGGCUGCAGCACCACAUCCACGGUGGCUGCCGUUGCGGCCAUGACCGCUGCACUCGGUGCCACAACCAUCACGAAAAAGUCCAAUUCCAAACCGUGGCUUAGUAACGUAACGCCCAACAUCGUCAAACCCGGAGACCUCACCACGGCGGAUAUCCUCGAACAGCAGAAACAGCUCAAAUCAACCGUAAGCGGUUUAACCAGUAACAUGUCUUCCUCGACGGAGAACUCCCUUUCGACGGUGGUGAAACGUGGCGGUAGUCCAUUUUCCGAUCUGUCCCGGCGGGACGAAGGCGAUGGCCGAAGUGUUGCCGAUUCGCAGUGUUCCGGAAGUUUUCGAACUGACAUUACCGGUUCGACCGUCACGACCACUUCGAAGAGUCAACAGUCGCAAAUAACUGCCGCUGCCAGUGUACAUUCGGGCGGUGCGGUCAGUGGGGUCCAGCAAAACCCACCGCAACCGCAAUCUCAAUCCCAAACCCAAACCGCUGCGGCACAACCGGCGAUUGCCGCGGUGCAACAGACGACGAACUCCAACCAACGAAGCAAAUACAUUAUCGACACGUAAUUUUAAUGGGUUAUGUAUUUUUUUUUUUAUUUUUUUUUUUAACUAGAAUUUAGUUAAAUUCCCAGCCAUCAAAGAACGUUUUAAGUAAAGUUUUAAACUGUAAAAAUAGCACAUUUUAAAAAGGCUCAUCGUGUGACGUAGCGUAGUCGUAGUUGAUAGGCGUUUUUUUAUUAUUAUUUUGCUCAUAUUUCAACUUGAAGGAAACGUAGAUUUUAGCGAUUUUAAGAGAAAACCGUCAACACAACGAACUGAUUAGGUAGACAAACGGACGACAAACGUUAUACUUAUAUUAAUAUAUAAUUGAUAUAUACGAGAAGCCACUAUGAGAUUACGGUGAGUAAAACGGUAACCUAGUGUAAGCGUAAAUUGGAAAGGCAUAAAACCCAGUGUACAAUAGCCAAAACGGAACCUUUGUUAUAAUACUCUUCGCCUGUAGGUAGUUCAUUCGGUGAAAAUAGUGUCCAUUUUCAUAUAUUUCAAAUUGUAAAAAAUGUAUUAUUUUAACGUCAUAGCCUUCCAUGAAUA